UGCCUUCUCUCUUAUAUUUCAACCAACCGGGGUCCCUUCCGUCCUUGAUCUUGCCAAUGAACCUUCUCCCGCACCCUCACUGUGUCUCUUCUCUGUCGUGUUUCUUCUGGUAACAAGAAGAAAGAAGGAGAAGAGAAGGGUUUCGGAUAACUCACCAUAGCAGCAAAUAUAGUAAACGAAAUUCGAGAGAUAUCGAGAGAGAUGAGGAAACUAUGCAGUGAUAAGCCAAAGAAGCUUGGAGUGGCAGUGAACAAAGGGGCGUGGUCGAAGCAAGAAGACCAGAAGCUCAUCGAUUACAUCCAAAAGCACGGCGAAGGCUGCUGGCGCUCUCUCCCUCAUGCUGCCGGGUUGCGUCGCUGCGGGAAGAGCUGUCGACUGAGAUGGGUGAACUAUCUGCGGCCCGACCUCAAACGAGGCAACUUCGGAGAGGAUGAAGAGGACCUUAUCAUUAAGCUGCAUGCACUUCUCGGUAACAGGUGGUCUCUGAUAGCUGGAAGAUUACCGGGACGUACAGACAAUGAGGUGAAGAAUUACUGGAACACGCACCUGAGGAAGAAGCUGGUGAAAAUGGGAAUCGAUCCCAAUAACCACCGGCCUAGACCGGUGAAAGGAUUUGCUCAAACCUCCGACGAGGAUAACAGUUCAGUGUCACAGUUGAGAAGUGAACAAGAACCCAGAGAGACUAGUAGUACUAAAAACACGAGCAGCUUUGUACCUGACUUGAAUCUUGACCUUACAAUAGGGCCACCUUUAAUGGAUAAUAGAUAGCAAGACUGAAUUACUACAUUUAUAUUGUUGGAUUUCAAUUUGAACCCCACUCGAGUUGGCAAAAUGGAAAAAUCUCUUUUCGCAAUAUUUGGAUUA